ACUGAUUGCUUGGGAAAACGAACUCACCGUACGGGGAGCGACAUGGUGGGAUGUCGCAAACUGUGUGACUGUACUAUGUGAUAUCUGCAAGUCACGAAUACCUCUGGAGGAGCCCAAUUUUGUAUGCAGGUCAGAAUCCUGUUCUCCUCUCAUCCGCCGUCCAACAUCUCUGGCAGGUCUCUUCGCAAUGGUUCCGCGGGCAGAGAGUGUAUCAUGACGGAGUGGUGGUGGUCUGUCGUCAAGAGGUCCAAGGGUCCAAGCUCUUUGAGGUUGCUCUGCCCACCACCACCAUCAUCAUUCCCGAACACGUAGCCUCUCCACACCACAACCUUAGAACUACUACUUGCCUCUGGCGCCUAGCUCUCAGUCUUGCUACAGAAUUGACUCUCGACCUCCCACGGCACAAGCUUAACCGCACGAUCCCCCGACGGCUGUUCCUCACACGAAGCGCCAAUGAUUCGGCACACGCUGAUUGCCCGCUUGGAUGGCUUGAUCCUGGCUGCGUCCGUCGACGACGGAGAGGAGAGCGCCGAGUUCAAUGAAGUCAAGAGCAAGAUAAAGCUGGUGCUACGGCGCCUCAACCGCAAUUCGGAGCCCCAAGCCAGCAUUGAGAGCGGCUCCUACACCUACCACUACAUCAUUCAUGACGAACUAUGCUUUAUCUGCAUAUGCGACCGCUCCUACCCCCGGAAACUCGCCUUCACAUACCUCUCGGAUCUCUCCUCAGAGUUCACCACGACCUACAACCAGUCACAAUACCUUUCGCCGUCAUGUCGGCCGUACGCCUUUGUCGAGUUCGACACCUUCAUACAACGCACGAAGAAGACGUACCAGGACUCCCGUGCCACGCAGAAUCUGGACAAGCUCAACGAUGAGCUGAAGGAUGUGACCAAGGUGAUGACCAAGAACAUAGAAGACCUGUUAUAUCGCGGUGACAGCUUGGAGCGCAUGGGAGAUAUCUCGAGUAGGCUUCGUGAAGACAGCAGGAAAUACAAAAAGGCCGCAGUCCGGAUCAACUGGGAGCUAUUGAUGAAACAGUACGGCCCACUUGGAGCCCUGGCCUUCAUCAUGAUUGUUUUCAUAUGGUGGCGGUUUUUCUAGGCGUCUUCUGGAUUUGUGAGCCGCUCAUUGCAUGCUUAACAUGGAGUAUGCCCUUCUCCUCCCAAAGGUGUCACAAACCUGACGUUGUGGGUUGCAUAACGUGUACAGUAUGAUUAUCAAUAAUACCCCUUCUCAUUCGCCUGACUUGGCCCCCUUGCUUACUGUGUGCUACCCAUGCUGGUCUACUGAUAGAUUAAUCAGCAUAAUCUCGAUGCUAUGUCCUGAGCCUCCAACUUCCACGUCUU